AUGCCAAACGCAUAACCAUUUCCAAAACCACUGGAUCUGCUCAAGUCAUCAAAACCAUUUCCUCUGCACCAUUUCACAAUACUGCUUCACCUCAACAAGUGUCACACUUUUAUUGUGCCCAAGAGAUAUGACUUCAUCAAAUGCAAAUAUCAACUCAAAAGCAGCCCUGCCAUCCCUUGUUCAUCUAAAGACAUGGAAGACUCAUGCACCUAGACACAUGAUUUCAAACGAAGAUAAAGUGCUAACAACAUGCAAUAGACACACUCACUUUUCAAAAGAAGAAAGACGCAUACAAGUUUGGAGAGCAU